UAAAUGGCAUAACACGUACACAUGUAUUUAAAUUCUAUUGGUUUGUAACUUCAACUUUGUAACCUGUGGAAGCCAUCAAUCAUCAGCUUUAAAUAUUCGUGGAACAAGUUUUUGAAAUAUUAAAUAUAAAGCUUUUCUGUUAGAAAACAACUUUUGAGACUUAAAAAUGAGUUUAUUUGGAUAUAAAGCUGUUAUCCUUUUGUUAAAUGUUUGGAUUGUAAAUUCAUCCAUGUUUAGAAAUGACUGUCAUGUUACGACAUGGACAGAGUGGAGUCUUUCGGGACAAUAUACGGAAUCAAGAUCAAGAAAAAUAAUAUGGCUGCCACCUGGAGGUGUCUCAUUGUGCCCACCACUUUGUGAAACAAGAGAAAUAAAAGCAGACUGCAAAGUUUCAGAAUGGUCUGAAUGGGGAGGAAAUUUUGGAUUCGGACAACAGCUUAGAACCAGAAAUGUGACACAAAAUCCCAUGGGAACAGGGAACCAGUGUCCAAACCUUAUCGAAAACAGAUACAUAGAUAAAACACCUACAGUUAUUGAGACUGCAAAAAAUGUUGAACAGUAUUUUAUACGAACAAGGUCUAACCCAUACCCUGGUGAAUGGCUACAUGCACUUGUGCGACGACAGACCGCUCAAGGAAGUGUCCGGGACCUACUUCUCAUCAUGGACAGCUCUGGUAGUAUAGGGCAGACUAAUUUUCAGAAGGCCAACAAGGAGAUAAGCACAUUGAUAGGUUUGCUUUGCCCAGAAAAUCCAUUUAAUAAGAUGAAUGGACAGUAUCAGUACAAUCAAGCUGCUAUGCUCACAUUUUCUUCAACUGUUUAUCAAAAUUUCGACUUUGAUGACUAUGCAACCACCGAGGAUAUUCAAGGAGCGAUUACAAAGGCUAGGUAUUAUGGUGGUGGAACAAAUACUGCAGAAGCCUUCAUACAAGCACUUGGGAUGUUCCAAUCUUCUAAAGGUUACAGAAAUUCAUCCGAAGUGAAGCCUGAAGUGUUGAUAUUCACCGAUGGCCAAUCUAACAAUCGCCAGCAAACAUUGCAAGCUGUCGAGGAGCUUCGUAAGGUAGCUGACGUGUACGGACUUAUGAUUGGUGGUUUCACAGAGCGUGGCAAAGACGAACUGACUGCCUAUGUAUCUGCGCCUAUCAACGAGCAUCUCUUCUAUGUUGAAUCAUAUACAGAACUUGAAGCAUUGGUCAAGUAUCUUUCCGAUGAGAAGAAACAAGCAGGCGCAUGGUGGUGUGCUCCAUUUAAUGUCGGUUGAAAGUGGACCGCAAACGAUGGAUUGAUUGUUAUAGAAAUAUAUACAACUUUCAAGAUGUGGACAAUUUUUAACAAAAACAUACAAAUGCUAUUAUUUAACCAACAUAAAGGAACAGAUCCGUUACUAGAAAAUAUUCAUUUAUUAUGUUUUGAUAUUUGUUAGUUACAUCUUUGUAUUAAUCAAUUAAAGAUAGUUUUAACUGUAAUGUUUUAUCUUCUCGUGUGUGCGAUAUUCCUAUGUUGUGGGAAAGUUCUUGAAUGUUCCGGGAAACAGAAUAAAUCUACGCGAACUAAAAUAUGUAUUUCUCAAAAAUCAAAGAGGUAUAUACAAGAAAGCUUCUCUUAUCUGUUUCACUAUUUUAGUUUAUUUAGAUUUUUAUACUCAAUCAUAUAAUAAAACUUUUUAUUACAGAGUAUAGGUGUGCCAAGUUGCAUAACUGUUCAAUCUUAAUAUGAUAGCAUACUACUACUCAUGAAUGAUUUUCUUUCAAAUGUAACUUACAAGUAUGGAUGAUCAUCACUCUAUGAAAAGUACAAUAUGUGUGUUUCUUGCUGCAAUAUGUUUUCUGCAUCAAAUAACCAAAAUAAAUGUUUUUUUACAGAAUA